AUGGCGGCGGCGGGGAGGGGGGACAGUAGUUUUAAAGUAGACACCCGCCCUUGCCUCAGAGAAGAUACAACUGGGACUGAACAGGAAAAGACUGAAGUUUUUACAGAUAACUUUUGUAAUGUAUGCAGAGUUGUGCUACCGUUUGAAUCACAAAGGAUUUCACAUUAUGAGAGUGAAAAACAUGCUGAAAAUGUUAGGUUUUAUUUUCAUAUAUAUGGAAAACAAAAUGAAGUGCCUAGUAAAAGAAAGAAGAUGAAUGUUAGAAAUUUUCAGGUGCAUAAGACUGAAGUAGUGGACAGAAACAAAUUUUGUGAUCUCUGCAACAUGACUUUUAACUCUCCAAUUGUUGCUCAGUCUCACUAUGUGGGGAAAGUCCAUACUAAAAAAUUGAAGCAAUUAAUGGAGGAGCAUGAUCAGGUACCUCCAUCAGGAUUUCAGGCGAAGAUGGCAGGUGUGCCUAUUAUUACUUCUGCAGAAUCAACUUUUCUGAAGCCCCUUGCAGUCAAGCCUUCUCCAGGUGGGAUUAAAGACAAGACUAUGCCUUCAUCUUCCAGCACUGCUUUGGAUUUGAAUAAUCCAAACAAGUAUUGCAAACUCUGCUCUGCUUCUUUUAAUAGUCCAUUAAUGGCCCAACAACAUUAUGUUGGGACAAAACACAAAAGAAAUGAAGCUAGAAAGAAAUAUGUAGACAAGAUAAGAGCGAAACCUCUUCUAGCAAAAUCAGAUGCAAAUGCAUUUAGUGUGAGAACCUACAACUGUUAUAUUUGUAAUAUCACCUUUACAUCAUUAGAAAUGUUCCGGUUCCAUAUGCAAGGAAGUGAACAUCAAAUUAAAGAAUCCAUAACUAUCAGUCUAGUGAAGAAUUCAAAGAAGACACAAGACUCUUACCAAGUAGAAAGUGAAGAUUACAUGAGAGCGCAGAAAGUUAGAGAACCAGAGCCCAAGAUUUGUUUCAGAAAAAUGGAAGAUAAUUCUUUGGAAACCCGUGGAUACAGAAAAGUGGUUGGUUUCCAAUCCAGACAUAGAGUAUAUGAACAAAGACACCCAUAUGAGACUUUCCGGACAUACCCAGAAUCAUACAAAAUUUCGCAAACAGUGGAAAACCGCUUACCUCAUUACUUACCAGCUUAUUCAAGGAAGACAUAUGACUCUUUCCAAGAUGAACUGGAAGAAUACAUCAAAGUGCAAAAAGCCAGAGGAUUACAUCCAAAGACUUGUUUCAGAAAGGUAAGAGGGAAUUCUAUGGAAACCCAUGGGUACAGAGAAGUUGAUUCUGGACCCAGACAAAGAAUCAAUGAGCAAAGAUUUCCAGUUCAGACUUCUCAUACCUUCCAACGACCAUACAAUAUUUCACCAGUGGAAAGCCAGUUACAUCAUUCGUUACCACCAGCUUACUUAAAGAGGACAUAUGAUUCUUUCCAAAAUGAACUUGAAGAUUACAUCGAAGUGCAGAAAGCCAGAGGACUACAUCCGAAGACUUGUUUCAGAAAGUUAAGUGAUAGCUCUAUGGAAACUCAUAAGUACAGAGAAAUGUUUGAUUCCAGACCCAGACAUAGAAUGUCUGAGCCAAGAAUCCCAUUUGAGACUUUCCAGACCUACCCAGAAUCACACAAUAUUUCACAAGUAGUGAAAAAUCAGUUACCUCAUUGCUUACCAGCUCAUGACAGCAAACAGAAACUAGACUCUAUGACCUAUUGUCAGCCCACCAGAGACUAUUUCCCAGAAAAACCAGUACCCCUAAGCCUUAGUCAGCAAGAAAACAACUCUGGCUUAUACAGUAUAGAAUCUGAAGUUUACAAGCACCUCUCUUUAGAAAACACCACCAGUGUCCCUCAAGCACGUCAUAAACGGAGACAUCAGAAGAGAAGGCAUCUGGAGGAAGGUGAAGAAAAGCCAGAGAAAGAGCAGUCCAAGCAUAAAAAGAAAAAGAGUGAUGGGGAUAUGGAACUAAAUAAGGACAAGAGCAUCCGACAAAAGAAAAGAGAGGGAGAUAAAGUUAGUGUCAGUUCAGGCAAGCUUAAGCACCGAAAAAAGAAAAAAAGCCACAGUAUACCCUCUACAAAAGAAGAACGUAAGCACAGGAAAGAGAAAAAGAAACCUGUUGAAGAAAAGACAGAAGAGGAAAUGCUUUGGGAUGAGUCUAUUCUUGGAUUUUGAACUUUUAGGUUAAUUUACCCGAAGAUGCAUUGAAGAAAUCUUAUAAGAAUAUGGAUUUAGGCAAAGAAAUGUUUAGUGAAGAAAAAGAGGUGGAUAUAGUCAGUGUCAGCUCAGGAAAGUUUUUUUUGUGUAUAAAAAUUGAAAUUGAAUUAAAAGAAGAAACACACAACCCUAAACCUAGCCUUUGAGAAAGAACAUAAGAACAAAACAAGAACAUAAGACAAAAGUAUACCUGUUGAAGAAAAGACAGAAGUCAUUCUUUGGGACGAAUCUACUCUUGGAUUUUGAAUGUUUUAGUUUUGUUAUUUUAAGUUUGAAUUGAAGAAAUAAGUUAAAGAGUUUCAUUUUAUGAAAUUCAUGUUAUUUGAAUUUUCCUAAGUGGACAGUGACUUUAAUCUCUAACAAAAGCCAAGUGAAGUAAAAGUAUUUAAUAUGCCUUUUUGUCAAGUUAUUUUUCCUCAUUUUCUUUUGAGGGAGGGAGGGAGGGAAAUUACGUAUUUCUUACAUAUAAUGUAAUUUCCCUUAAUGCGGU